AAAGGUCUUAUCUACCUACCAUCCGUAAGGGGUGGGGCCCUCUCCUGGUCCUUGGUGAGAAGAAGCCUGCGUUGAACACGUUAUCCGACAUGGAGCCAAAUUCAUCGCCCGUUGAGUCCUCCCGUGGGAAAACAGAUACGGCACACGGCAAAUUAUUUACAGCGUUUCUGGAUCGCAAUUUCGCCUCGAACGCGCAGAGCAGUCCCGAGGGUAAGAAUGCGACAUCCGCUUUGCGACGCGCCCACACGGUGGCCCAGGGAAGGAACGUGGGAGAGAAAGCAAAAGUAGGCUCGAGGACAGCAAGGGAGAGAAUAGCAACCUCGUUUCUACGUGUAAAGGACAGCCACGAAUUGCUUCGGAAGCGUUCCUCCAAGCGACUCGACGCCCCAUCACCUCCACGUGAUACACCUGCAGGAGCGAGAGAACCGAACCAUUUCACGGUUGCAAAUGUUGGCCAGAAUGGAAAGAUUUUCCUGAGGCCGAUUCGCAACCCGUCUCUUAAGGAAUCUUGUCCGCAGCCCUUCGCUCCACCCGCCGACCAAUCUAAAGGUGAGCACAUCCAUUCGCGCCGACGUGAUGGUCUUGGGGUGGACGAGCCUUCUCGAUGGUCCAACUCGCAGCUCUCUGAGUUGCGCCCGGAACUCAUACCUGAAGAAACUUGCGACGGCGAUCACUCGAUCAAAACCGAAUCGACGCAAUCUGCGCAGUAUCCAUCUCUCCGUCACCCGCGCCUGAGAGCACACUCUUUUUCAACAAUAUCAGAACAGGGAUCAACCUUUCGUGCAGGAGCCAACGGGGAAUUCCGCAUCUUCAUUGAUCGAUCGGACGACCGACCUAAGUCUGCAGAUGGGUCUUUACGCCCAACUCUGGGAACCUCGAUUCCUCAUUACAGCGUGGACUUUCCCCAUUAUAGUGCUCAAGGAAGCACCCCUCUAUAUAGGUCCAUCUACUCGAGAACCUCAUUGUCUGACAAUUUUCUCUCCGCGCGCAUCUUGAGUGAAGACUUAAGCACGGGCCCUAUUUCUGAUGUUUAUCUCGGCCAACCAGACAGGCCGUCAUUUGCUGCCUCGAUGUUCUCAGGAACGCCUGCCAUAGAGCUCACGCGAGGCUCUACUGCCACCGAUAAACCUGUUCUGUACGAGCUAAAGGGGCCUAUUGAACCAUCCAUUUUUGAAAAGCUGGCUCUAGAGAUGGACAAUGACAGAGUAGUUCGGUAUGCCCCUGGUACCAAGGAUAUCAGCGCUGCUACUCCAGCGCGCAUCGUGGCGCAGAUAUCAUCCGAAUCUUUUAUGGAUUAUGAAUUGGUUUCCGAUUUCUUUCUCACCUUCCGGUCCUAUCUCUCCACCGACACUCUCCUUGCCCUUCUGCUCGCGCGAUUACAAUGGGCGAUCAAUCGCCUGCAAGACGAUGGGAGAAUCAUCCGUAUUCGCACAUUUGCAGCUCUCCGUCAUUGGAUAUUGAAUUACUUUGUUGAUGACUUUAUUCCGAACUAUGGCCUUCGAACUCGCUUCUGUGAGACAAUCAAUCGUAUGUAUGAUAAUGUCAAAGCCCGAGAAGGUGGCGGUACGAGCGAUCUAAAAAUCCUCAUCGAUCUCAAACGAUGCUGGUAUGGGAGAUGUUCUGUCUACUGGGAUUUUCAGGACCAACACAUCGCAUACCAUACCCCAGAUUACCCUAUUGUGCCAGGUGGUGAUGAGCAGCCAGCGACAGGGUGUGGUGAGAGCCACCUUAGGAGGGUCCGUACCAUAAGCACCCAGGAGGGCGACCGUCGAGCUCGGCCACCACAUGUGCGGAAUGAUUCCUCAGCCACAGCAAAGAGUAUGCCGGUCUCAGUGGACAGUGACGGGAGCGUUCACGUAACUUCCUGUUCGCUACCUCCUAAAUCUCCCAAACGCCUCUCUAUGUCCAUCAUCGACACCAAAGCUCCUCACCCAGUACCCCUUGUGCCUCUAAAACCAGUGGGUUCGCUGCAGGAACCCCUUACUUCUUCUCCAGUCACUUCAAAGCGUAUUCCAUUCCAUAGCCAUGCGCAUAAACGAAGUGGUAGCUUCUCUGACUCUGCGCGAGACGGCAGAGCGCCACCAUCCUUGCUCAAGCUUGAUAUUCAAGGCUCCGUUUCUACCCAGGAAGCACUGAACCUUGGUAGUUUAAUACGCGGUGAGCUUUAUGCUCCAGUCGAGUCAUAUAUGACAAUGAUGGCGCCGCCAUCUCCCCCUCUACCAGCGUCUUCUGGUACCGACCAACGCAGCCAGCCAGAAGAUAUGUCCAAGCCUGCUGCAUCAGGUUCUGGCGUUAAAACAAUUAUAGGGUCGAUACGCCGCGCACUAAAUAGUAGGAACGGGGGCCAAAGCACCUCUUUGCGCAACACGAAUGGGCCUUUCGCUCCUGCAACACAAGGGAAAACGUCAGCUCUGCCAACAAAUAUCGCCUUUGGCUCUGAUUCUUACCGCGACAGAAUAACAGCGACGGCGGCCAAGAAACCGACGAGAAUUGACGUCCUGUGUGAUAAAUCGUUGCAACAGUAUCACCGCACUCUCGCGGGAUAUGCCGAUACUAAAGAAGGUAGCCCGGCCCAGGAGGUGGACACUUCACGGGUUAGACAAUCCUGGCUCGCACCUGGUUCAGAUAUCGAAGAAGCGGAUAGUAGGGUUUUGCUGCCCGAUCGAGGACGGUUCAAAAGCCAGUUAACGGGGGGGAGUAAAUCCAUUGUCAUCGUUGAUGAUACUGGCUUAAGAGGCCCCGUCAUGUCAGGGGCAAUCGGUCUCGAGCAACCUCCUGGCUUUCUGAACAGGGAGAAUCUACCCACUACCCCAAGAGCUGGUUCCUUCUAUCCUCAAUCUCAAAGAACAACCCUUGCCGGUGGUGAAUACUCGUUGCCAAUAUAUUUUGACGACACAGAUUCGAGAUCACUGGGCAGAGACUCUCAGUUUUUGCGCCCACCUCGCCUCUUUGCAUCACAAAGGUCCAGUUCUGUAGGACGUGGGUCAUCUUCAUGGAAGAGGACCUCACCAUCCCUUCGUCUUCGUAAGUAUGCUUCCUUUCAGAGCGGAAUCUCUAGGCAGCGCCUGGCAGUGGUUGCGGAGCCAGAUCUUUCAACCAUGGACCGAAGCUCCCAAGGAACCUUUGACAAGCCGGCUGGCCCAACACUUCGCAGACGCCCUGGUGGAGAUCUACGUCAAAUGCGAGAUGGUCUUGGCAGUCCAUUGCGAUCAGGACCUGCUUCAUUUAUAUCUAGUACCACCUGCCGUAGCUCUACCGCUGACAGCACGGUCACGGAUGCUUAUUCGAGACCUCAAACUCAUCUGAUUCCCCCUAACCCGCGCUUUUCACUUCUACAAACGCACUCAUCACAGAACUUAAGACGUUCGUUCGAGGCCGCCAUUGCGCAAUUUGCACAAAUCCCUGACGAUGACGACGGCGGUGUCGAGUCAGCGUUGAUGAAGCUUGAAGGCAAAUGGCAAGGAACAUCCGCCGACAUUGGCGCCGGGCCAUCCGAAUCACCGCAUAACGCCCAGGUCCAAGGUAGCAUGCGCGAACAGGAGUUGCUCUGCCACUCUCGCGCAGUUCAAAACGUUCGCAGGGGCUUGGAUCCGGGUGUCCAUAGACGUCAAAACUUUGUCAGUGAAAAUUUGACUUAUUCUCACUUUCGAGGAAUGAGUGUUCCUCGCAGGCCGUAUUCCGAGUCUCUUGCAGAGUCCGAAGACUCGUACAGCUCUAUACCUCUUUUGGAGCGUGGGCUGAGCGACGAGUCAAUGAAGAAGCCAGCCCUGAGCCGGACUAGUUCACGCCAGACUGUACCUGGCCAAAUCCAGCCGAGUGACGCUUCGAGUAAAUACACAUGGGAUACGGAAUCAUCGCACCCCUCCUUCCAUCUCGUGAAGGAAACCGAGAGUAUCAAACGCAUUCCUCGGGGCUCAACGUUCCCAGUGCCUCAGAGUUUCAAUCACCGUCUCUCAGGGCUUUCUGAGGAUUCUACUGACUUGGUUUAUUCCCAAGAGGCCACCGAACAACAACGGCUUUCACUAUAUACAGACAGCGUGGGCCGAUCGUCUCUAGGAAUACCGCGGCAUCCCCUUGCUCAUCCUCCUACCCCUCCAAUGACCAUAGAGCACACCCGAUCUGUAACCUCCUUUGCAUCUCCUUUGAACCCUGCCCUUUUCCAGGCCCCACCCUUGACGCCAGAUCCAUCUCCUAGCAGAAAUAUGGAGUCAGGGCAGUUUCGGGCAAUUGAUACACAACACGUCUCUGGUGAUGUUCUUUCCAGGUCAGAAUGGGACCGUUCCUGCCAGGCUCCCGAACCUGACCACAUACCUUUCAUCCUUUCUUGUGAAUCUCAAAUCCUCGCCCAACAAUUGACGAUAAUUGAAAUGGCUGCACUGAGUGAAAUUGACUGGAGAGACCUUGUUGAUAUGAGAUGGAGUAGUGGCUCUCCCUCCUCUCUGAGCUGGGUGCAAUUUCUCAUGGAAGAAGAACGCCGGGGCAUUGACCUUGUGGUCGGACGAUUUAACCUGAUGGUAAAAUGGGUUCUCUCGGAAAUUGUCCUUACACGCAAUAUCCAUGAGCGAGCUCGCACUAUCACUAAGUUUAUCCAUACUGCUGCGCACGCAAGACGCUUAUGUAACUAUGCGACUAUGCUUCAAAUAGCCAUUGCACUGUCCUCCACCGACUGUUCUCGGCUACAGAAAACUUGGAAUCUUGUGUUACCGGGGGAUAGGGAUCUAUUGAAGGAUAUGGAAGUGCUCAUCCAACCAGUGCGAAAUUUCCAUGACCUCCGUGUCGAAAUGGAAACAGCAAAUGUACAAGAGGGCUGCAUCCCCUUUGUUGGCCUGUAUGUACAUGACCUUACGUAUAACUCCCAGAAACCAGCACAGGUUGCAGCCCAUGACGGAGAGCCAUUGAUCAACUUUGAACGAUACCGUACGACUGCCAAGAUAGUGAAAAGUCUUCUCCGCUUGAUAGAUGCUGGUACCAAGUAUAAUUUCGUGCCGGUGCAUGGUAUUGUCGAGCGUUGUCUUUGGGUUGCAUCGCUCUCGGAAGAGCAAAUCCAAACCUACAGCAAGCAGCUUGAGUAAACGACCACCGUCAUCCAAAAUCUUCACGGCAGAUUCCUUGAUUAGUAUACACGACAUAAUACCCACUGAUAAUACCCCGAACCUUUUGCUUUUGUGCGAUUGAUGUUUGUUAACGAAUUUGAGAUUUGCGAUCAUGAAAUGUAAGCCCAUGUACUAUAUAUCUUUGCAUCGGUCUGUCUGCCUUCCUUUGCUUUUCUUUUAUUUU